AUGAAAGAGUUAUUAAGCAAAGCAAGAGUUAUUGCAACUUUUCCUACUGGAGUCAAACCACUAUUAAGAGUAGUUUGUGCUGGAGAUGAUAAAUGUUGGGUAAGAGAAAAAGGAAGAACCAUAAGAUGUGUUGAAAAACUUGGAUCCCUGCAUGAUACUGUAACACUAACAUUAAACUCCUCCCAUGAUAGCCCAGUACCAAAAGAAGAAGAACUAAUUUGUAUAUCAGUGAAUAAACAGGGAGAUCUGAUAUACAGCGAUUAUAACAAUAGAACUGUGAGUCUUUACAGACAUUGGCGAUCAGAGGUAAUAAUCACCACACCAAAUAAUUGGAGACCAGCAGGAAUGUGCACCACUAGAUCAGGUGAUAUAUUGGUCAAUCUUUAUAAUGGAGAUCAAAACAAGAUUGUCCGAUAUCAGGGAGAGAAAGUCAAGCAGGAAAUAUUUAAAGAUGAGAAUGAAAAAGCAAUCUAUGGAAGUGGUGAAUAUAUGCUGUUUGUAGCAGAGAACAGCAAUGGAGAUAUAUGUGCCUCUGACCGUAAUGCUGACGCUGUGGUAGUCUUAGACAAGACGGGAAGAUUCCGAUUCCAAUACGAUGGUACACCAGCCAAAAGGAAGGAAACAUUUAAUUCCAAGGAGCUGGUGACAGAUUCUCUGAGUCACAUCAUUGUGACAGACUGGACCAACGACUGCCUACACAUUAUUGAUCACGAUGGACAGUUCCUGAGAUGUAUAGAUGAUUGUGAUCUAUCUAGACCUCGCGGACUGAGUUUGGACAAUGAGGGGAAGUUGUGGGUGGGAUUGUAUGAAAAAGGAGAAGUGAAGAUGAUCCAGUAUACGAAGUAA